UACUUAGAAUGGGCUGCAAAUCGGCAGCUAAGUCCACGCUGGAAGAAGAGACGGCCGCGUCGUCAUCAUUGUCGUCGUUGUCAUCUUCGGUUCAGCAGAAGACGGUCCAGAAACGAGGGUUGGUACGCGACGGUGAGUCCGGUUUUGGGGACGACGAGGAGAGUGGAGAAAGCAACGUGGCCGCACGUGUCUCGCCCGAGAGGUCGUUUUUGUUAAGAAAGAGCAACGGAACGUCCGUCGUCGUAGACGACAGCGUCUCCAGGUAGCUAUUAAGCGAGAAUGCAGAAGUUGCGCUCGACUUUCAAGAGAUCGCGCACUCCCACGGGGGCGGAAAUGAAGUCGCAGUCCAGCCUAGAGGUGCCCAAGCAGAUCAGGUCGGCCUCCUUCGAUGAGAUACAAUUGCAGACGAAGCGGCAGGACGACCGAACGACCUCCUCGUCGUCCUCGUGUUCUCCAGUGAGGUCGCAGGAUUCGAUUCGCGGCAGGAGAGGCUCCUCGACGUUGAAGGUUCCACAGUUGACUGGCCAGCGUUCCAAGAGCUUCGACGCGUAUUCCGCGAGUUCCGGCUCGUCUUCGAGCCAGCAACUACCAGCGGGCGGGAUCGAGCGGCCGGAGACGCCGAUCAUCCAAGUCUCCGGCUGCUAUCACUGUGCCUGCGUCGAGGAAUAUAGAAGCCUCUGGCUGGUCGAGAAUAUCUCCAAGGAGGAGGUCGACGACAGCGAGGCUCGCGAUGCCGACAGCACGGAUCUGUCCGAGAACGAGUCGGAUCACGAGGACGAGGCGAAAAGGGAGAGCAGCCCGGAAAUUCGGGUUACCCUGACAUCCGACAAUACUUCAUGCGAGCCGCAAUGCAUUCCACCUCAAGUGGCCGAGGCCACAUCUGCCGAGCCGGAUUCCGAGGUCAGACCGGAUUUCCCGGAGAGACAACGCAGGUUGUCCAGGCAGGAAGCCUUGACCACCUUCCCUCUGGAGCAUCUUCCCGCUCUCGCGUCGGCGGCGACCACGUCGGAGGUAGAUGAGGAUGACGAUGACGAGGAGAACGAAACCGUCGAACCCAGCAGACCCAAGUUCGUCGUGCGCGAUAUCUUCCUGACCGUGCCGGAGCUGAAACGGGACCGUGCCGCCUCUGUUGAUUCAUGCUUCAAUAACAACAAGAAUGGCGGCGUAACCGACGCGGACUCAUUGGCGGUACCGCAGCAGAACAUCAGGUCGAAGAGCGUCGACAUUGUGCUGCCGACGGACGCGAGGACAAGAUACACGGCGCUCCUACCUGGGAAAGAACCACGACCUUCGAUAGGAGGAAGAGAGGAUAGUGUAGAAGAUAGCAGAGACGGGAGUAGCUCGAGUCAUCGCGAGCCUCGAUCGACUCCAGAUUGGGGACCAAACGCAUUUAAUGGAGAACAUCUUUGGGUACCAACCGCUACAUCCGGCGACUUCUGUUACGUCAAUGAUUGUUCUAAACACGGACCCCGAUUGAAGUGUCCGGCAUGUCGUGUGGUGGCUCACGCCUGCUGCGUAGGAAAUUUAGAGUUCGCCUGCAAGCCGAGCUUCCGCGAUGUGGGUGUGCGUCAAUAUCGCGAGCAAACGACGACCCAUCACCACUGGGUUCAUCGACGAUCCCAGAAAGGCAAAUGCGCCAAUUGCGGCAAGUCCUUCCAAUCGAAGCUCAGCUUCAGCUCGAGGGAGAUCGUGGCGGUGAGCUGCAGCUGGUGCAAAGCCGCUUAUCACAAUAGAGAGUCAUGUUUCAAUGUACAGAAAAUAGGUGAAAAUUGCGAAUUGGGCAUCCACGCUUCCAUCAUGGUACCACCAUCAUGGAUUGUAAAACUUCCCCGUAAGGGUAGCUUCAAGAGUAGCUUGAGAAGAUCACCCAGAAAGAAGAAAUCCGGCAGCGGCGGUAGUGGCACAUCCAUUCGCCGGAAGAAUAAAGAAAAAGAGAAAGAGGAAAGGGAGAAAGAGAGAAAGGAAAAAGAUCAGGGAGAGUUGUGGAUCGUUAAGCCCAUACCCACGGCCACGAUAAAGCCAGUUUUGGUUUUUAUAAAUCCGAAGUCUGGUGGUAAUCAGGGAGCGAAAUUACUGCAAAAAUUUCAAUGGCUGCUUAAUCCAAGACAGGUUUUCGAUCUGACGCAAGGUGGCCCAAAAAUGGGACUGGAGCUCUUCAGGAAAGUUCCAAAUUUGCGUGUGUUGGCUUGCGGCGGCGACGGUACGGUCGGCUGGGUCCUAUCAAUUCUUGAUCAAAUCGGUGCUUAUCCAGCGCCGGCGGUCGGGGUGCUUCCUCUGGGCACCGGAAACGAUCUGGCGAGAGCGUUGGGAUGGGGAGGCGGUUACAAGGACGAGCCUAUCGGCAAGAUUUUAACGAGCAUAGGUGACAGCGAGACCACCCUGCUAGACAGAUGGCAAUUGAAGGUCGAGAGAAAUCCCGACGCCAAAAAUGACGACGACGGCGGCAAGGGCAAGGAAAAUCUGCCACUCAACGUCGUCAACAAUUACUUCUCUCUCGGCGUGGACGCUCAUAUCGCCCUCGAAUUUCACGAAGCUCGAGAGGCUCACCCGGAGAAGUUUAACUCCAGAAUGAGGAACAAAUUAUUCUACGGGCAGAUGGGCUGCAAAGACUUGCUGCUUACAAAAUGGAAGGAUCUCUCGGAUUUCGUGACGUUGGAAUGCGACGGUCAGGAUAUGACGCCGAAAUUGAGGGAGCACCGGGUUCACGCCAUACUGUUUUUAAAUAUCGCUUCUUACGGCGGUGGAACGCAUCCGUGGAGCGCGGGAAGUGGUUCCAGAGAGCCUGCCAUGGACGAUGGCUUGAUCGAAGUAGUCGGUCUGACUACGUACCAAUUACCUCUUUUACAAGCACGUGGACACGGCACCUGCAUAGUGCAAUGCAGCACGGCCAAGUUGGUCACAACGAAGACUAUACCGAUGCAGGUCGACGGUGAAGCUUGUCGCUUAUUACCAUCUAUUAUAACUCUAAGUAUGUUAAACAAGGCUACGAUGUUAGCGAAAAGAAGAAACACAGGAAAGCCACAUCAACACACAGCGAGAUUAGAUAGACUGAAGCUACCCGUGAUGAGGAUAAAAAUGACGGAUUACGAGACUUAUCAUCAUGACAAAGAUAGAUUGAAGGAAGUGGCAGAGUCAUGGCUCACGGAACCUCUAGAUCUUGAAGCUACAACCGAUCUGGAUAGCCUGAGGAAGAUCUUGGCGAAAGAUUAUAAUAUGGAUUCGUGCUGUUUCCUUGAUUCAUGCACCGCGGAAAGAUUCUUCAGAAUCGAUCGCGGUCAAGAACAAUUGCAUUUUGUGACGGACGUUGCCGUGGAUGCCGUGUACAUACUCGAUGAAGAAAUCGCGCAACAGCAAGAAGGCCAGGCGGAAUCUAGCCGGAUUGUCGCGAAUCAGGAAGCCGAGACCAUCCGCGUGCCGAGCGACGAACAUCUAAAGGAGAUGCCAGCUGUGACAGAAGGGGAGAAACGGCCGAACGAAGACGCGCGGAAACAGGAACAGCCGUCCUCAGCCGGGAAGAUCAAACUUUCCAGGCAGCCCGAGAGCAUUUCCUUCGACAGAGAAUUCGAGGGUCAGGAUGGUGUCAGGCCGAAAAAUCCGGCGAGUCGGAAUUCCUCGGACGUGUCGUCGAGCGAGAAGAGAAACGGCGAGUCGAACUCUUUUAUAAGCCGCGAAGCUUUGAAGCAGAAUUCCCGUGUGAUCGCACGUGCCGAACAGUCGCAACAUCAGGCUGACCGAUCUCUCGCUUUUAUCAGCCCUCGCGAUAGACUGUUCGGCCUUACCUCGGGAGUUCACGAAUUCUCUGCUGAUUUACUCGAGAAGAACUGCGAUGAGAUACUAAGAGCGGCGAAGAUCGGCGAUCUAUCGACGUUGAAGCAGCUUCAUCAGAAGAGAUACUCGCUUUUGUCGAUCGACGAAACUGGUCAAACGGCACUGCACCUGGCGUCGAGGCAUGGUCACAAGGAUAUCGUCCGAUAUCUCAUUGCCUGCGCCCCGCCGACGAUUUUAAACAUGAUCGAUAAUGAUAAAGGGCAAACCGCUUUGCAUAAAGCCGCCCAGAACAAACGCCGUUCCAUUUGCUGUAUGCUCGUAGCCGGCGGCGCGUCUUUGAUGGUGAAGGAUCGGCACGGGAACACGCCGCAUCAGCUCGCGCUGAUCGCGGAGGAUCACGACCUAGCUGCGUAUCUGCAAAGUCAAGAACACUUUCAAUUGGCGACGGACGAGAUGGAGAGCGAUCUUUGACCUCCAGAGUUGAUUUCCACGGCCUGAACCGCCUUGAACGACUGUGACGUAAGAGCCGCUACUGUCGACUUUCUGACGACGUUUUUUGCGGCAUUUUUCUCGGCGACGUAACGUAAAUCGCCACGUGAUAAUCUGAUAUUCCUUCGUAUGUUUGACGUCAACGAUUACGUGUUUGCCAAAUGCUGUCGUAUUUUUCUUGUCGGUACUUCGAAAUUAUUCUCUAGGAACAACAAUUUCACACUACACAUAUAUAUAGAAACACACACACACACAUACACACACACACACACACACA